UCAAAUUUAUUUGAAUAAAUGAAACACCCAAGAAUGUUUACGCUACUACCUUUUGUCUGUAUGCUGUUUCUUGCCUGCCACGCAUACUCAGUAGACGCGACAGACACUGACGAAAAAAUGAAACUGAUUAAGCCAUUGAUGAUGUUAACAGGAAAUGUUGUCAAUCUCGUUGACAAAAACCUGUGUUUUGAGAAAACCAUGUGCCUUCUUGGAACUAUGAAAGAUUACAACGUUACCAACCCACUUGCUUUUAUACCUUCGAUUCUUUCCAAUGCCAACUCAUACUUCCAACCCGAUGCUUACAGACGUCUAGAAGAUACCCUCAAUAAAUCCCCUAAACUUAUAAGCAUUGUCCAGUCCUACCACUUUGGAAAAUACUCACAACACGAGUCAGUUUGUGCUAACCGUUAUCCUGAAUGUACGUCCAACAACGUAAAACUGACGACUGCUUUAAAACAAUUUGAUGAUGACCAUUUUCCAAAUCUCGUAGGACAUACCCAUCAAGUAAGAUCAGCAUCAUGUGAUGGUUUAAAUCAUUUAUGUACAGCUUCUUCACUCGGGUGUGUCUUAUGUACUUUUUCAUUGGCAAUGUCAAUUAUGUGUGGUGCCUUUUGCUCAUCUGAGGUUUCUCUUACUUGUGAUGUUGGCACUAUCAGUUGUGCCAUAGUUGAUAAUAUCUUUGGCUGAUAUAGAAAGGAAAUAAAAUUGUAAAGUUUUACUUUUC